GAUUUCGUUCAGUCCUGAGAAAGUGUUUAAACCGUGCACAUCGUGAUUAGUUAUCACAAAAACCCCAAGCAGGAAGCCCCAAAGUCUCUGGCAAAAGAGGUUCCUCCCAGGGGAACCGCUCAUCUGCCAAGAUGGACGAUCGUACAAUCGACACGAUUUUUGCAGGUUCGCUCGAGAAUUUACCUCCUGUGAGCUCCAAAAUUGUGCGAAUUUUCACCAGUUCAACGUUCACGGAUACCACGAUGGAAAGAAACAACUUGAUGGCAAAAUGUUACCCUCGGAUUAAAGAUUACUGUCGUGAAAAGCACGGUUUGGAAUUUCAGGUCGUCGACAUGCGGUGGGGUGUCCGAGACGAAGCUACGGACGAUCACAUGACGACGGAACUGUGCAUGCGUGAAAUCAAAAAUUGUCAACGCCUCAGCAUGGGUCCCAACUUUGUGGUAUUUCUUGGUCAGAAAUAUGGCUACCGUCCGAUUCCGACGUACAUCCUCUCCUCAGAACUGCAACUGAUUCGUGAUGAUCUUGCCGCCAUGGGUAUUGACGUUACUUUGCUGGACAUGUGGUACAAAAAGGAUAGCAACGCUGUCCCACCGAUCUCAAUAUUGCAGCCGAUUUCAUCGAUUCUUACUAAUUUCAACAAUAAGCGCGUACCAAAACUUCAAGCAGAAGAUCAAGCUGUUUGGUGGGAUACCUUGACCAAAAUGCAGAAGCUGUUCCGUAAAGGUGCUGCCUCCUGCCAUGCCCAGGGGAAACUGGACAAAGAUCAAAUGCACAACUACUUCAUGUCUGUAACUGAACGAGAGGUCAUAAACGGUGUUCUCAACGUAAAAAAUACAAAGAAUCACUGUAUUGCGUACCUACGCUACAUAAAUAACAUAAAUUUGCAAAACCUAAAGAAGGCUUCACUAUACGUAGAUAUUCUGAACCGUAGUUUAGACACGGAAGCUUGUAAACUUCUGGCUGAUCUGCGCGACGUGCGCGUGCCGAAUCGGAUCGAAGUCUCCAAUUUACAAAAAUAUACUAUAGAAUGGAUCGGUCGCGAAGGCCUGGACGUCGAAACACAUGAAGAAUAUCUGAACCACUUUAUUACGCACUUUUACAAGAACAUUGUGAAGCUGGUCGAUCGAGCCAUGCGCAAAGAAGAUUCCAGUGCCCAGGGGCAGAUAGUAACGGAGAUAUUGCAGCACCUGCACGCUUGUAACAACUCGGUCAAGGUAUUUUAUGGGCGUGAAGAGCAACUGGAACGCAUAGAGAAUUACAUGCUCGGGCUGAGCGAUAAGCCGUUGGUUCUGUACGGCGAGGGCGGAUGUGGCAAGACUUCACUGUUGGCCAAGAGUGCCGCCCUAACAUCGACAGAUUGGUUCGCCAAGGUUCGACCGAUCAGCAUCAUUCGCUUCCUGGGAACCACUCCGGACUCGAGCACACUGACUCCCACGUUGAUCUCGAUCUGUCAGCAGAUCUCGUACAAUUUUAUGCUACCAUUUGACCAAAUUCCGGACGAUCUUGUUCCGUUGACGGCACAUUUCAAGCAACUGCUCACUUACGCAAGUAAGCAGCAGCCUUUACUACUGUUUCUGGAUUCAGUUGAUCAGCUGACCGGAGCUCAAGAUUCUGGAAAAGUGUCGUGGCUACCAACCAGGCUACCACCGUUCUGCAAGAUCAUCGUGUCAUGCGCCGCUGAAGAAUCCAACCCGGUCGUAUCCCAGGAGUAUCAUCUGCUGCGCCGUAUGAUUGACGUGGAAGGUAACUUCAUCGAGGUUACCGCGUUAGGCGAAGAUCUAGCGAUGAACGUGAUUAAGAUGUGGAUGGCGACCGCCUGUCGCGAUCUUUCCAACUACCAGUGGCGAUUGGUAGCGAAUGCAAUUGGCAAAUGUUCUCUGCCGAUUUUUGUAAAGUUGGUAUUUGCGGAAAUUUGCCGUUGGAGAAGCUACACUCGACCGCAGGACACACACCUGGCUUCAACGGUCAUGGACAGUAUUAUGAUGUUGUUUGAACGAAUCGAGAAGCAGCACGGUCGCAUCCUGGUGUUCCACGCGUUGGCCUACAUAACUGCGGCCAAGUCGGGUCUGUCGGAGAGCGAGCUGGAAGAUUUGAUUUCCCUUGAUGAUCGCGUGCUGGACGACGUCUACCAGUACCAUUUGCCUCCGGUGCGGCGAAUUCCACCUCUGCUGUGGACCCGUAUCCGGAAUGAUCUUCCGAACUAUUUGAGUGAACGAGAAGCCGACGGAGUCAACGUUAUGAACUGGUACCACAGACAGUUCCGGGAUACGGCCAAGGAGCGCUACUUCAAGAACAUGAAUAUGGCCAUUUACUUCCACUCGAUGAUUGCCGAUUACUAUCUCGGCAUCUGGGGCGGCAAACCGAAGCCGUUCAAGUACACCGAAAUUCAGCGGCACCGGUUCGGGUUGACGGAUAAGGAAGGUAUCGCCGACAGAAAGGUUCCAAUUCAGCCGUUAGUAUUUAUCAAUAAAGAAGGAAAAGUUACGCGGUACAAUUUGAGAAAGUUUGGCGAGCUUCCGUUCCAUCUGGUUCGCUCGCGACGCUUCACAGAUCUCUUCCGAAACGUGCUCUUCAACUACGACUGGCUUCACGCCAAACUAUCCAGCUGUCCACUGCAGGCUGUGCUGGCAGAUUUCGAGGACGCUUCGAUAAAUAUCGAUGACAAAGACGCCAGACGGGAGCUGAUGUUGGUCGCUGACGCCCUUAGACUGGGCGGGGCCAUUCUGGGUGUUUACCCAAAUAUGCUGGCUGCGCAGUUGGUAGGUCGUUUACUGCCGGAAAUCGGCGGUAAUCCCAACAUAAAAAUGCUCCUGGAAGCUUGCGACAAAUCGGGACCGAAAGAUUCAGCCCUAAUCCCGCUAAACCACUGUCUGCACACCCCGGGCGGUCCACUCAAGUACUCCCUCGAAGGACAUCAAUUUGCUGUUUUUGGCUUCUGUCUCACCAGCGAUUACCGCUAUAUGGUGUCAAUUUCGACCCGAUUUAUCACUUGGGAUUUGUCCACCUCCGAUUUGACACGUGAUGUGAAUCCGGGCGUAGAAGGAAUCAUGCAACAAUUGGUCCUUAGUCCAGACAACAAAUGGGCAGCCGCGUACACCAACAACAGCCAAAGUGUGCUACUGAACAUGCUGUCCAGUGAAUUUGCCAUCAUUGAUAACCCCUUUGAAGAGACGGAACCCAUCACGGGACUGUUUCUGCUGAACAAAAAUCUCUUUUUGCAUACCAAGCUGCGCUAUGCGUUUUAUGAUAUGCGAGGAGCGCUCAUCGAGAAGCAUCAGCUGCCGGACAUUACCGACGAGUGGGAGCUGUUGUUCAUGGAAUUUACGUCGUUUACCAACUUCUUUGCCGUCCUGUGGUCGGGACAAAUCAACGAAACGCGACUCUUACUCUUCACCAGCAGAGAAGGCCUGACGAUUCCAACUGUUAACAUGCACAGCGUAAUAACCAUGAAAAAGGAUCGUUCGCGAAUGUACUGUUGCCACCAGGAAGAUCUUUAUCAGGUCAGCGAGUUUGAGUACCACGAAACCGUCGAGAACGACGUGGUGGUCGGGGCAGAGUGGCGCCACGUGCGCGAUUUACCACGCUAUGAGAAUGAUGUCAAGGAGACGGCCCUUCAGCUCAAGAUGGAUCAAAACGAUCGCUUCCUGCUGGCCAGCACGGCCAACGGGUUCGUCGUUUGGGACUUUGACCCGGAAGAUCCCAUCUCUGAGGAGGCCAUAUAUCUUGCAUUACCGCAUAGUGUGCGCAACAUAUCGACCAAACUGACCCAAUCCAACUCGGUGAUGAUCAGCUCCAAGGUGGAUUAUGCUGUGGCUGGGGUUAGGAAAAAUCUCUAUGUUUGGAGUGUAAAGACCAAACAACUCAUGAAGGUACUCGAUGCUCACUUUGGAAGAAUAAUGCAACUUGAGGCAUUAACUAUAGGUACAUGGAACAGCGUGAUCACGUCGAGCAUUGAUCGCUCCGUGAAAAUUUGGAACAUAAACAACAUUUUUGAACAGGUUCACGUAAUUGAUCGGCACGAACUUCAAAUUGAUAGUAUCAGUCUUUCGGAGAACGGCGAGCUGGCGGUAACCGUCACCAGAGGAUGCGUAGGCGUCUGGGAGAUACGAACGGGUCGGCUGCUCUCGAAGCUAGCCGACAGUCCCCUCGGGGCCAUUGUAACCCAUGCCAUUGUAACUCCCGACGGAAGAUACAUAGUUUCGUCGGAGACGGGCAAAAUUCUAAUCUGGAACCGGGUAACCGAGCAGGUGCUUUCGCGUGAUUCGCAACCGGGCUGCAUGCAGAUCAACUUUUUGGAAAACGGAGAGAAAUUUCUGGCCGUUUCCUGUCCCAAUGCUUCGGCUUCUAUGGCGGCCCCCGGUGACGAGCAGAAGCUGCUGGCACACGCCAUAGUACGAGGCAUUCCGGAUGGACAGACGGUUUUUAAUUUCGACUACCCCGUACGGUUGGUGCCGGGACUUCCGUUCCGGUGCGCUGUGGUCACGGUCGACGGUCAGCAUAUUGUAUGUGCUUCGAUUGACAAAAAUAACAAAGAUUCGAUUUGGGUAUACAACGCGAACAAUGGAAUGCACGAGCACAAGAUUUCCCUCAAAGGGUGCAAUAUAAAGGAAAUGGUUUCCUUGCUUCCACUGCAGAACAAGCCAUCCCAAGUAGCGGUCAUCACCAACGAGAAGGGAAGCAUUAUGGACAUUAAGAUCAGGAAGCACGUCCGAUCCAUCCCAAAGUGGGGCGGAACCAGCACCAAGGACGGCAAGUUUGGACUUUACGCUCCCUCUCGGGGUGGCUUGGAACUUCUCGAGCUCAAGAAGGGAUCAACGGUCAAAACCUUCAUUCCGAAGGUGGCCGAAGGGGUCUUCACGGUGAUCUGCAUGUUCACCGAAAACGACGAGUACGUGCUGUACUAUCACAGCGGCAGGAAGACUCUGAGGGUUUUUCGAACCAGUGACACUGAAAUGAUUGCCAACUACAGAAUGCAGGCGGAGCUAACUUCAAUAAAGAGCACGACCGACGGAAAGAGUCUGGUUCUCGGCACGGUUGACGGUUGCAUCUCUGUGUUGGCUAUCGCUGAUCCGCAAAAAUCCGAGAUGCAGGAAUUCCUCAAGCAACUACCGUCGCGGGACGCAAACUGGAAGAAAAAACUCGCGAAACAGAAGGCAUCUGCCAGAUUCAAAGCUGCGAUGAGGUUGGCAUCGAUCUCAACGCGAUUUGGAACUCCGGUAGAUGAAGAUGAUGACGACGAUGACAAAGAUAAUGAAGCAUAAAUGCUCCUAGUCGUUACUUCUGCACCAAUACUGUGUAUGUUGAAUGUUGUUUUGCAUUAAACUAUUUAAAUAAAUCUGUAACUCCAAUGUA